AUGAAGAGGGAGAACCAGAGCAGCGUGUCCGAGUUCCUCCUCCUGGGGCUCCUCAUCCGGCCAGAGCAGCAGAGCACGUUCUUCACCCUGUUCCUGGGCGUGUACCUGACCAUGGUGCUGGGGAACCUGCUCAUCAUCCUGCUCAUCAGGCUGGACCCUCGCCUCCACACGCCCAUGUACUUCUUCCUCGGCCACUUGGCCUUCACUGAUGUCUCUUUCUCAUCUGUCAGUGUCUCAAACAUGCUCAGGAACAUGCAGAUUCAACACUUAUCCAUCCCCUAUGUGGGGUGCAUUUCUCAGAUGUAUUUUUUCAUACUUUUUGUUUGUCUUGACAAUUUCCUUCUUGCUGUGAUGGCAUAUGACAGGUAUGCGGCCAUCUGUCAGCCACUCCACUACAUCACUGUCAUGAGGGAGGAGCUGUGUAUCUUACCGGUGGCUGGAUCCUGGCUCCUUUCAUGUGCCCGAUGCCCUGUUGCAUACUCUUCUGUCCCACCUGUCCUUCUGUUUGUAAAAUUGUUAUCUCCUGAGAACCGGAGCAGCGUGUCCCAGUUCCUCCUCCUGGGGCUCCUCUUCCGGCCAGAGCAGCAGGGCGUGUUCUUCGCUCUGUUCCUGGGCGUGUACCUGACCACGGUGCUGGGGAACCUGCUCAUGAUCCUGCUCAUCAGGCUGGACCCUCGCCUCCACACGCCCAUGUACUUCUUCCUCGGCCACUUGGCCUUCUCUGAUAUUUCCCUUUCAUCUAUUAUAGUUCCAAAGAUGCUCAUGAAUAUGCAGACUCAGCAACAAUCCAUUCCCUGUGGGUGUAUUUCUCAGAUGUAUUUUUUCAUAGUUUUUGGUCGUCUUGACAACUUCCUUCUUGCGGUGAUCGCAUACGACAGGUAUGUGGCCAUCUGUCAGCCACUCCACUACACCACUGUCAUGAGGCAGGAGCUGCGUAUCUCAUUAGUAGCUGGGUCCUGGUUCUUCUGUUGCAUCCAUGCCCUGUUGCACACCCUUCUCUUGGUCCAACUGUCCUUCUGUGCUGAUAAUAUCAUCCCCCACUUCUUCUGCAACCUUACUGUGCUCCUGAAGAUGAGCUGCUCAGACAUCUCUCUCAAUGAACUGGUCAUCUUUACUGAAGGAGGAAUGUUUUUCAUCCUGCCCUUGAGUAGUAUCUUGGGCUCAUAUAUCCGUAUAGGGACAACUGUGCUGAGGAUCCCCUCUACUAAGGGACUCUUUAAAGCCUUUUCUACCUGUGGCUCCCAUCUUUUUGUGGUGUCUUUAUACUAUGGGACACUUGCAGGUGUUUACUUUUUCUCCUCAUCAUGGGACUGCAAUGACAAAGACAUAAUUGCUUCGGUCAUGUAUACUGUAGUUACCCCUCUGCUGAACCCCUUCAUCUAUAGCCAGAGGAACAAAGGUAUAAAACAGGCCCUAGAAAUAUUUGUCAAGAGGGCUAACUUUUAA